CUAUACCCGUGGCUAUACUCUGUGACAUUGUAACUAUGUGUAACAUUGUGACUAUGUAACAUUUACACACAAGAAAGCAAUACAUCAAGGGAUCACUAGGGGAGUGAUUAAAAUAGAAGAUUGAUUGAUUACAAUGAUGAAGAUAUAUAAAAGAUUGAUUUCAAUAUUUAAAGGGAGCAACAUACACCUUUUUUGAAGAAGGUAUGGUAGUUCGGAUGUUGGUGGCUAGCUUUAUUAGCCACAGUAUAGCGACGAACAGCAGCGGGCUAUGGACGAAGCUGAAGCUGCAGCCACAACAGUCGAGGCAGACAACCUGGACACAGAACAAGAGUCUGACUGCUGACAAGAAUUCCAGGGGUGCGAAACUCGGUAGAAGUACGACAUGCAUUAAGGGCUACGUAUCUUGCUCAGGGAUACAUCGAUGGGGUCAGACAGGGCGGGGCUCAAACCUGCAACCUUCUGGUUGCCGAACGGCUCCUCUUCCACCUUCGCCAGGCGCAGCCAAUGAGGCCUAGCCUGGUACAUUUUUAGUUCUGACGAUCUGGAUUCAAAGCCUCAACCCCUCCCUUGCUAGCGCAGGACUGAGGUGAUCUUAAUCUGAACUAUGAAAAAAAUGUUGAUGAGAGUGUAAACGAAACAGAGAGAGUCUAACAGACAUAGCAAAAUGGAAACACAUCCCGUAGUAAGGACGACUCACCUGCCUGGAUGAACUGGCUAAUGAUAAUCAGGGGAGUUUUGCUAUAUACAGUGCGUACUGUGUAGAGAGCUGACCGCUUCACUUCAUUUGAUUGGCUUCAGCUUCACGAAUAAGAAGAUGCUUAUGUAUUUCUGUCAAAGCCUCAAAAACAUGGCCAGAGCUGACCCUCUGACGCAAGAAAAGGAGAAAAAGAUUCGUGCUGAAGAGCAAAAGAAAAGAGAAGACUUGAAGAAAGAGAUUCGUGCCGAAGAGCAGAAGAAAAGAGAGGACUUUGAGAAAGAGCUGGGAGAUGCCAAGCUGGAGCGGGACAAGCUGAAGACGCAGCUGGAAGAUGUGACACAAGAGCUGGGAGAUGCCAGACAGGAGCUGGAAGAUGCCAGACAGGAGCUGGAAGAUGCCACACAGCAGCUAAGAGAUGCCAUGCAGGAGCGGGACAACCUACAGACGCAGCUGGAAGAUGCGAAGCAGCAGCGGGACAACCUACAGACGCAACUAGAAGAUGCCAUGCAGCAGCUGGCAGAUGCCACACAGGAGCGAGACAAGCUGAAGAUGCAGUUUCGAGAAGCCACGUGGGAGCUGGGAAAUGCCAAGACGCACCUGGAGAAGCUCACGACGCAGUUGGGAGAUGCCAAGAUGCAGUUUAGAAUUGCCCGGCAAGAACGGGAAGAUGGCAAGCAGCAGCUGGGAGAUGCCAUGUGGGAGCGGGACCAGCUGAAGGCGCAGUGCAACAGCGGGCAGAUGGCGAGCUGCUGCAUCAUGGCUAUUGGGCUCCUCAUCUUAGUGCUACUGAUCUGCUGCUGCAUGUGUCUGGAACAUAUGGCUAAAGAGCCACAUGUAGAUUUUUUGCAAACUUUAUAUAGCUCUUACAUACCCAGUAAUAACUCGACAAUACACUCUUAACAUGUUGGGCUUAAUUGAAAUACAUGCUUUUAAUUGUAUUCAGUGUUUUGAAAAUGCAUGGCUCUCACGAAAAUGUCUUUCUAUUAUUUGUUUUUUAUGGCUCUCUCUACCCAAAAGGUUACUGACCCCUGACCCUACUGAUCUGCUACUGACUAGAAGUGAAAAUAAUAAUCUAUAUGCAUCAAUCCUACGGUCGAUCAUCGAAUCGCAUCGCAUCGCAUCUUGGGGCUUUCUUAAGCAUCGAAAAUAAUCAAAUUGUUGCCUUAAGAAAUCAAUAAUAAAGAUGUCAAGAUAUCAAUAUAUAAAUCAAGACAUCAAGAAAAAGUAUUAAUCUACAAAGAAUGCGCUUAUAGUAGAAUCACAUAGUACAGUGCACACAGAUGUGAGGGCACAAUAUAGCUGCUAGUAGCAAACUUGACUGGUAUCAAAUUCCAUCUUUCAACUAUCUACCCUUGCUGUUCGAAAAAAAAAAAAAAUGACGACUACUGGUCGAAGAUGGUUGACCUUGAUGGAUUACUCAAAGCAUUGCUAAACCAAGAUACCUAUAACCCAGCCAUAAGUAACCCUGAAUUACAAUGCACCACUAGCUCUAUGACCAAGCACUUAUUGGCUCCACACAAAUUAGUGUUAAAUGUCAGUUUAACAGUCAAAUUGUAAAUAGUACAUUUAAAGUCUAUUACACAUUUUGAAAGGCAUUAUAGAAUGGAGUGAAUAAACAAUAAUGCCCUAUUAUUAUUAGUAUUAUUAUUUUAAUAAUCAUUAUUAUUAUUAUUAUUAUAUAACAUAUGAAUGCUGGUCUGUGAAAAAAAUGGUUAGAUGACCCAAAAAAGUUAGGUGACCCAAAGACCCAGUAGUUGGGUUGCAGUGCUAUCAUUUGUGUAAGGAGCCCAGUAGCACCAUAUUUUGAAUCCCAUGCAGUGUUGUGUGGUUUGCUGAGCCUUGUAUUCUAUUUUUGUAUUGUAUAUAUAUGUUUGCUGUGCAUGUAUUUUAUUUAAGCCACUAGGGCAUAGACUGAAUGAAGCCAUCUCUGUGAAUAUUAUCCUCUUGUUUGUCAGUGUCCUGCCACAGAUGUCGUUAUUAAACAAGUGUUUCUAACUUUUUGCUAUUUAAAAGAAGAUUUGCAUUCUGACAAAAUAAAGCCUGGUGAAAAUAAAAGAGAAUGUACUGCUACCCUUAUUAUAUCCUGUCUCUCUUGUC